CAGCGCAAGGAUGCGGUCACGAAAACAAAAAGCUCUCUUCAGUGAUUUCCAAAACUACAAUGCCGUUCCUGUCCCCGACAAGAAAUUAAGACGGUUAGCGAUUUCCAAAACUACAAUGCCGUUCCUGUCCACGAGGAGAAAGUGCUCCUAACUUGCUGGCCCGAGUUUUACGACCUUCACGCGUCGUUUUCUUGCUGUAGCCAUACUUUAUUCUGGCUCAGCCGCUGACGACCGAGACCUCAACGAACAUGCGGCGCUUUUUUGUCGCGAUACUUCUCGCCCAAAUAACAGCUGUUGGUGGUCAAUCUCCAGUCGCCUCGAACCUAGUCCAGCAACUUGCAGAAGACAUCAACCGGAUCGAAGUCAAGGGAGUAUCAGGCAAACGGUUUAGCGGCGAAGCUUUUCGAGUAUCACAGGUGCCGAAAAGCUUUCAGAAUCUGAAACGAUCAGAUUUGAAGGACUUGAGGAUUAGGGCAAGAACACCAACAAGAAGGAAGUUGUUUGAAAUGAAUCAAUGGAAUAAGAAUAAUUUUCUGUGCUGCAACAUUGAUCAACAUAAACCAUAGUCCAACAUUGAUCAUAAACCAUAGAUCUACAACUUCUAAUCCCAGUGCCGAAAAACGCAAACAUUGUCCCAGAUGGAUUGUCGUCACAUCAAUAUUCCAACCCUCCGAUGCUGUGCGCAAGUUGGGCGAAAUGACGAAGAAAGGAUGGUGUUUCGUAGUCGUCGCAGACGUUAAUGGCCCGACUGACUAUUAUGGCUGACGAGACCAGAGCUGAUGACUUCCGGAAGGAAAGGCUCAUCUAGAAUUCAUUUUUUUAAAUUAGAAUCGUUUCUUGAAUUCUAAGGCCAAGGAGAUCAUUACUUGCAAUUACCUACAUGUUGUAGCCUGAUCGUAGUUCUUACCGUCUAAUAACCCGACGAUGUCGAAGGCGUUGUGUACCUUACACCGCAACACCAAAAGCGGCUUCACUACCACAUCGUGGACUACAUUCCAUGGCGUCACUUUGGAAGGAAAAACAUCGGUUUUCUUUAUGCUAUAGAGCAUGGGGCGGAGGUAAUCUACGAUACGGACGAUGAUAACCGGAUAAAGGAGUUGGAGUUAUGCGAUGCUUCUCAUACUUCUUUCUUCAAUGAGCGUGUGGCGGUUCCACGCGACAUCAAAUGCGAUGUAUUGAUCCCCUCUAAUGCGGAUACCAAUCUGGCUCCCAGAACGCAACGAGACGCUCGAAGGCGGUCCGUAUGUGCCACUGAAGAUGUACAGUGUGGAUCAGAAGUGGAAUAGAAAUGUGGUGAAUAGUUACCUUGAUUAAGGCUACCGCGGAACCAUAUCCUGAAUAUCAUCCUUGGCCCAUUUUUCAAGGAGAAAAAGGGACCAGGGAGGUUCUCGGGGAUGCGAGCGCGGUAGCUCUAACUUGACUUUGAACCCACGUGCGGAGAAAGGAUAUGGCCAAGAGGUUUCCCAUUAGACAACAUCAACGACGCGAAAGACCAGCAUCCACAGCUGACGGAGAUGGAGGGAGCGAAGAUUAUGGAAGGGUUUACUUCUAUGCCUUCAGCUUUAACAUCGGAUAGAAGCAUCAGGAAUGCUCUUCUCCUCGGAUCUUCUUCUCAUGAAGUAGAGUACUAUCUACUUCUUGCCGUUGCCUCAUCUAGGAUCUUCUUCUCAUGAAGUAGAGUACUAUCUACUUCUUGCCGUUGCCUCAUCUAAGACAAAGCCUCCCGCAAUCCAGCAGUUCCUAGCCGACGAAGAUCCAGAUGUGGAUGCGAUUUUUCGUCUCACUGGUCAGUUGCCUUGCCGGUUCGCGGAAAAAAGGCAUGCAGUGGUCCUCCCAAAAGGGCAAUUGACGCCCUACAAUGCUCAAUGUGUCGUCAAUUUGAAAAGUGCGUUUUGGGCAUUGCUUUUGCCAGUGACGGUGAAUGGACGAGUGUCGGAUAUUUGGCGAAGCUACAUUGCGCAGAAACUGCUGUGGGAUAUUGAUGAGGUACUUGUUUUUUGACAAAGGUUUUUACUUACGAAACCAGGAGCAAUGAUAAUGAAUAACGACCGUAUGUACUAGAUGAAAAGUCGCGGCAUCUAGAGUUAUCGUUCUGGUGACCAGAGAAGAAGAUGAGGAUGGUCGUCUUUGUCCAAUUUUCAUAUGAACCACAACAACAGCACGUCGCCUUCAUGCCAGCCCACGUGAUACACGACCGCGUCUUUCACGAUUAUUUGAAGGACUUUCAAUCAGAACUUGACUUGUAUCUAAAGGGUGGGGCUUUAGUCAAGUUCCUAGUGGGGUGGAGAUCCGACGCGCCUACCUUGGUAGAGAGGAUAGAACAAUUGUGGACCGAACUCUAUGAGCGAGGCUUCGUCGAAGAAGGAGACUUGAGGCUAGCUCAAGCGUGGAUUCGGGAUUUGUUGGCUUUGGGAUACAGGUUUCCUGAACUGAAAAUACCGAAAAUUUUAUCAGCGAGGAGUGCCGGGGUUGGGGAAGCUUCUCGUGGUGGAGUGGAAAUGGGCAGUGGAGGUGGCGAACUCUAGUGUGAUUGGAGCAUUACACUCGCAUUCUAAUGUUGACACCGUCCUAGCGUUUUUAACUUCUGUUCUUAGUUAUCAUGUCAUGGUCAUGCAGAUGCACCCGUGCUCGUGCAGUUGAUGCGCUCACUACUAUGAUAUCGCUAUGAUUUCCGUCGACUCGACACGAGAUCUUAUUUAGGGAAAUUGCAAUUGGUUCUUGAUUUUCACUCGUCAUCAGCAUAUGCUGUUUUCUGAAGUAGUCACAGUUGAAGAUCCACGUUGUAAAAAAA